AUGGCCAGCGCCGCCAACUCAUACUAUGAGCUCUACCGCGGUAGCAGCAUCGGCAUGUCACUCAUUGACACUCUCGACGACCUGGUCCAUUCCGGUCGCAUCGAACCUCAGACUGCCAUGAAAGUCAUCGCUACCUUCGAUAAGUCUAUCACCGAGGUGUUGGCGGAUAAGGUCAAGGCCCGGAUGAACUUCAAGGGUCAUCUGGAUACCUACCGCUUCUGCGACGAAGUCUGGACGUUCCUCAUCAAAGAUGUUAACUUCAAGCUCGACAAUCAAAACAAUGUCACGGCGGAGAAGAUCAAGAUUGUGAGCUGCAAUUCGAAGAAGCCUGGGGAGCAGUAG